AUGUUGGCACAGCAGGUGACAAGUGGAGAGAAGGAGCUGCGGGCGGAGGUGGAGCAGGCUGUUGCAAGCAUGCUGGAGCUGGCCGUGCCUUGGCUUGUCCAGCACUUUUUGUUGUGCACCGGAGCUGUGCGGCUAAGCAGGUCCCAGUUUCAUGCUUUCAGCAUAUUACCGCACUCGUUUCUCGUCUUGUGCCUCUGUCCCAUGCGAAGGCACAGUGGGCAGCGGCGGUUCUUUCCACACGUGCUGGUGGUGGCGGCGGUGCUGGGACAUGUGCAGUCUGAGUUGGCGCAUCAUCCGAAAGCAUGUGGCGGGUUCUCUGCAGACAGGUACAGCAUGCAGGAGCCCACCGCUCAUAGCCAACAACCGAAUGCUCUGCAAGAGAUCGCAGAUGCGUGGCUCGCCCCGCUGCUCUCGCUCCCGCCGGACUCCGUGCCCUGCGGAAUCUUCACAGAUGAGCUCCGCGUGCAGGCAAUGAUGGAGGAUGCGUCCACGGUCCGCAAGGCUGUGGUGCAAUCUCAGGAACUCCACAAGGCAGGGGCGCUGCAGGACAUCCACCAGAUGGUGCGCUGGAUUGCCACGAAGGAGGACCACUGCCAGAAGAUCAUGACCACGACUGCCGACUACUUCCUUGCGCAGAAGGUGAAGAAAGCAGACCUGAGUGAAGAUGACUACCUUAAGCGGCUUGCUCUUCACCAUGAUGUCAUGGCGGGGGGCCCUGAAGUGCUUCCAAGGCGACUCCUGCAAGGCAUCUUGCUCCCCACUGUUGCAGCAGAUGCAUCAGUUCAGUGCUCCAACCGCUUCGGAAGCCAAUUGUUGCACAAAUUAAAAGGAGCCCCAAAAGCGCGUGGCAGACUGCAGCGAGCUGUGGCUGGCUCUUAA